GCGGGACGGCGGCCGCAGCCCGGGGCAGGCAGGCGGACAGGCACGGAGACCGGCCCGGCGGGAUCACCCGCAGGAGGACGACCCAGCGCGCGGCGGUGUGGCCGCACGGACAGAGACCGGGAGCUGUCCACCUAGGCGGAGCGCGGUAUCUUCAGGUCCCUGGACCUAGACACCGAGCUCUACUAGGCCUGGCCAUGGCACUGUGCCUGAAGCAGGUGUUUGCUAAGGACAAGACUUUCCGGCCACGGAAGCGCUUUGAGCCUGGCACACAGCGCUUUGAGCUAUACAAGAAGGCACAAGCCUCCCUCAAGUCUGGCCUGGACCUUCGAAGUGUAGUAAGGCUGCCACCUGGGGAGAGCAUCGAUGACUGGAUCGCUGUGCAUGUGGUGGACUUCUUUAACCGCAUCAACCUCAUCUAUGGCACCAUGGCUGAGCACUGCAGUGAGGCCAGCUGCCCAGUCAUGGCUGGUGGGCCUCGCUAUGAGUACCGCUGGCAGGAUGAGCGCCAGUACAGAAGGCCUGCCAAGCUCUCGGCACCCCGCUAUAUGGCAUUGCUCAUGGACUGGAUCGAAGGUCUCAUCAAUGAUGAGGAUGUCUUUCCUACACGUGUUGGAGUUCCCUUCCCCAAGAACUUCCAGCAGGUCUGCACCAAGAUCCUGACCCGACUCUUCCGAGUCUUUGUCCAUGUGUACAUCCACCACUUCGAUAGCAUCCUCAGCAUGGGGGCGGAGGCACAUGUCAACACCUGCUAUAAGCACUUUUACUACUUCAUCCAAGAGUUCAGCCUGGUGGACCAGAGGGAACUAGAGCCACUGAGGGAGAUGACAGAACGGAUCUGUCACUGAGUCCAGAUCUGGAUGCUGUUGCCUAUCAACUGGACCAUCAAACACUAUGCAGCUUGGAGAGGGGACCCCUAGGAGCCUGGUGGUAAAGAAAGCUGAAGGCCUAUAGGACCCCUCCAUAUACCCAAUCCUCUGGGCUUCUCAGAAAUCUGCCUGUGUGUCCCUGAUUGCAUGGAGAAGGGAGGGCUUCAGGUGGGCAACAGGAAGAAAGGAGGAGUUUAGCCCCUCACAUUAAGUCCAAGAGUAGGGUAAGCUACCAGGUUUCUGCUCUGAUACAUACCCUUUCACCCUGCCAUGGUGGGUCCAAAUCCAUCUGGGGAAUGUGGAUGUGGCUGAAGUGAUGGCAAGAAAAUUAUAAGAGAAUGGGUGUCUGUAUCUGAGCAAGCAGGUAGGUGUGUGUAUGUGUGUGUGGAGAGGUGGGCGGGGGCUUUAUUGUGGGAUUUAUCUAAGAGAUCCAGGUCCUUCUUGGCACAUAGUAGGUCCUCAUGUUGGGUGGAUGGAUGGACAGACGGAUGCAUGCAUGCAUGGAUGGAUGGACAGACUGACUCCUAUAGGAAUAAUGACAGCUUAGCGCCCCAUCUCAACUCUGACCAUAGGUACUAGUGUACAGAAUGUGCAUGUAGAUGGGGUUGUACCUCUGAAUCUUCUAGACUACCGUUUUCUGUCAACAUUAGUACCAGGCAGUUGAGUAGAGGUUAGAAAGUACAACUUUGCUCUGAGUUCCUUAAAUCCCUGACCUACCACCAUGUGGGCUGAUUUACUCAGCCAAGGAUGCCCAUGAAUUGUUAUUUCACUCAUCUCUCUGCUUCCAGGAGGGCCUGAAAACAGUAAGCCUCUAAGAUAGGCAGUGGUGACAUAUCCUUUAAUUCCAGCAUUCAUGAGGUAGAGACAGGAGGAUCUCCAAGUUCAAGGCCGGCCUGGUCUACAGAGUGAGUUCUAGGACAGCCAGGGUUACACAGAGAAACCCUGUCUCAAAAAAAAAAAAAAAAAAAAAAAAAAAGUAAGCCUCUUGAGGAUUGGGAUUGAUUCGUGUCCACAAAGGUCCCCUGGAUCUUGAACUGGAACUCAAGACACUUCAGUUUCACACCCAGAACCUACUGACCUGACGGAAUCGGAAGGACAACAUCAAAUAGCCCUCUAGACUAAGAGAGCCACUGGAUCUUGAAUUAGGGAAUCUGGAGUCUUUUUUCCUAUCUCAGCAUCCUAAAAAUACCUGCCUCCAUCCAUCCACCUGGAGACAUCCCACCUACUUGGAUCUCCAAGCACAGCUAUCCAGAGAGGCUGGGAUGCUCUUUUAGUAGCCAUUACUCAAUACCUCCACCCUGAGCCCUGUGCAUACUCACAGAAACAGGUUUCUGCUCUCCCAGAGCCUUUAUCCUGAGAGGCCAGGAUGGAGAACAAAAAGUCACACAAGAAUCCCGUCUGUUUCUCAGUGUGCAGAGGAGGAAACUGAAACCCGGAGGCUUCUCUUGACUUCUCCUCUGGACCCUGCUGAUUGUGACACUGAGAUGCAUGUGGAAAUGGGGCUUGUGGAACACUCUCCAGGACACAACUGUUCCUGCUUUGAGCAGUGAUUUCUAGCCUGAUGCCAAAGAGCCUUAUCACCCCUGGGUUGGGUCGAGUUGGCUGCUGAGACAAACCUCCAAAACCAGGCCCAUCUUUCUGGCCUAGGAACUGCCUGCCCUCCAGAGAAACAGCUGGAGAGCUCUAGACCAGCAGGACCUGGACCUUCAAUCUCUGCUGGCUCCAGAAAAGUCAAGGGAAGCAUGUUUUGGCAGUGGUUCAGAACUGAGGAAGGUGGGAAAUUCCCCCACAGUGGGCUUGCAGAGUAUACUCUGAAAUCUAGGCUGUGAAAAGGGAUGAUGGGGGAGGGAAAUAUAUUUUUGUGAAAGAGGGAAGAAUUUUCUAUUUUUGGUAAAAUAAAAGACACAAACUAAA